AUGCAGAUGCUCACAAAGUUCGAGUCCAAGUCGAAUCGCGUCAAGGGUAUCGCAUUCCACCCUCGCCUUCCCCUCUUAGCGUCGUCUCUUCACAAUGGCUCGAUCCAGCUCUGGAACUACCAGACCGGCACCAUCUACGACCGCCUCGAGGAGCACGAUGGCCCCGUUCGAGGUAUCUGCUUCCAUCCCUCGCAACCGCUCCUAGUCAGUGGUGGUGACGACUACAAGAUCAAGGUGUGGAACCACAAGACGCGCAAGUGCCUCUUCACGCUCAACGGCCAUCUCGACUAUGUCCGCACCGUCUUCUUCCACCAUGAACAUCCUUGGAUUCUCAGUGCCUCCGACGACCAAACCAUCCGCAUCUGGAACUGGCAGAGUCGCACGUGCAUCGCCAUCCUCACCGGCCACAACCACUACGUCAUGUGUGCUCAGUUCCAUCCCAAAGAAGAUCUCAUCGUCUCUGCCUCGAUGGACCAAACCGUGCGCGUGUGGGACAUCAGCGGCCUGCGCAAGAAGAACACAUCCGCCCAGCCCAUGAGCAUCGAGGAGCAGAUUGCACGAGCCAACAGCGGCCAAGCCGAUCUCUUUGGCAACACCGAUGCCAUGGUCAAGUACGUCCUCGAGGGUCACGACCGUGGCGUCAACUGGGCCUCGUUCCAUCCUACGCUGCCCCUCAUCGUGUCCGCAGGUGACGAUCGCCAGAUCAAGCUGUGGAGGAUGUCGGACACAAAGGCGUGGGAGGUCGAUACCUGCCGGGGCCAUUUCAACAACGUCUCGUGUGCCCUCUUCCACCCGCGACACGAGCUCAUCAUCUCGGACGCCGAGGACAAGACCAUCCGUGUCUGGGACAUGGGCAAGCGUACCGCCGUCCAGACCUUCCGCCGCGAGAGCGACCGCUUCUGGGUGCUCACCGCACACCCAACACUUAACCUCUUUGCUGCUGGUCACGACAACGGUCUCAUCGUCUUCAAGCUCGAGCGGGAACGUCCCGCCUUUUCCGUCCACCAAAACACGCUCUACUACAUACGCGACAAGCAGGUUCGCUCCCUCGACUACGGCACUGGCGCGGACCAUGCUCUUCUCAGCGUAAAGCGUCUCGGCAACCAGUACGUCCCUCCGCGCACGCUCAGCUUCAAUCCGGCGGAGCGCUCCGUCAUCGUCACCUCGGUCAACGGUGAACAGGGCACUUUCGACGUCGCUCCCCUUCCUCGCGAGGCUGGAGGUGACCUCGCCGAAUCUUCGAGCGUCGGCAAGCGCGGACAGGGCUCCAGCGCCAUCUUUGUCGCCCGCAACCGUUUCGCCGUGCUUGACAAGGCCGCGCAGACCAUCGAAAUUCGCGACCUCAACAACGCAGUCACAAAGACCAUCACACCUCCUCAGCCCACCAACGAGAUCUUCUUUGGCGGAACCGCCAGCCUCAUCCUUAGCACAGCCACCGGCGUCAUCCUCUACGAUAUCCAGCAACAGAAGACGCUUGCAGAGCUCACCAGCCCGCCCGUCAAGUACGUCAUCUGGAGCAUCGAUGGUGGCAUGGUGGCGCUGCUCAGCAAGCACACCAUCACGCUCGCCGACAAAUCGUUCGGAUCCAGCAACCUCAUCCACGAGACCAUCCGCAUCAAGAGCGCUGCCUGGGACGAAAGCGGUGUGCUGCUUUACAGCACCCUCAACCACAUCAAGUAUGCUCUCCCUCAGGGCGACAACGGCAUCAUCAAGACGCUCGAGCAGCCCGUCUACCUGACCCGUGUCAAGGGCAAGACAGUGUCGUGCCUCGACCGUCUCGCCCGUCCUCAAAACAUCACCAUCGACCCCACCGAGUUCCGCUUCAAGCUCGCUCUCGUCCAAGGCAAGUACGACGAUGUCCUCAGCAUCAUCAAGAACAGCAAUUUGGUCGGUCAGGCCAUCAUCGCCUUCUUGCAGAAGAAGGGCUACCCUGAGAUUGCCCUGCACUUUGUCCAGGACAAGAGCACCCGCUUCGACCUGGCCAUCGAGUGCGGCAACCUCGAUGUCGCCUUGGAGACCGCCGAAUCGCUCAACGUAGAUGAGGUGUGGGAUCGACUGGCGACGGCAGCGCUCCGCCAGGGCAACCACAAGAUUGUCGAGCGCGCCUACCAGCGCACCAAGAGCUUCGACAAGCUCAGCUUCCUCUACCUCAUCACUGGAAACACGGACAAGCUUGCCAAGAUGUCGGUCAUCGCCGACAAGCGUGGCGACCAUCUCAGCCGCUUCCACAACGCACUCUACCUCGGCAACGCCGAAGCGCGUGCCAAUGUGCUUUCCGACGUCGGUCUCGAGGCGCUGGCGUACGCUGCGGCCAAGUCCAACGGGCUCGACGAUCGCGCUGCUGCCAUCGCAUCGCAAGCUGGUAUGGAGGAGGAAGCUGCCGAAGUCGACCGCCAGCUCGACCUGGGUGAGGGCACAUCGAAGCUGGUUCCUCCCGCCGCCGUGUCGCAAGCGUACAUGCACAACUGGCCCAUCUUGAGCAGCGAGCAGAGCUACUUCGACCGUGCUCUUGUCGCCGGCAACGAUGGUGGCCCCAUCUUCAAGGACAAUGCCGUCAACGGCACCAAGACGCAUGACAUUGAGUCGUGGCUUGACGGAGAGGCUCUAGAAGAGUCGGAGGAAGAGGACGACGAGGGCUUCGACGCCGCACCCGAAGACUUUGGCGAGGCGGAAGAGGCGUGGGAUCUCGCCGAGGAGGAAGUUGCGUUGCCUCAAGAGGAGGCUGCCGUCGUAGCACCGCUCCAAGAGACGCCCUUGGAAGGACUCGGUGCCGGAAGCUCUGAAGCGGAACACUGGCUGCGCAACUCGCCAGUAGCCGCCGACCACGCCGCGGCAGGAUCGUUCGAAACGGCCAUGACGCUGUUGUCAAGACAGGCCGGUAUCGUCGACUUUGCUCCAUUGAAAGCGCUCUUCCUCUCCUCGUACCUGUCCUCACGCACCUACCUCCCUGCCGCGCCGAGCGCUGGCCCCAUCGAGGUGCAUUUGCGCCGCAACAACGAGGAGAGCGACGGCAAGGUGACCAAGGCGCACCCUGCUCUGCCUCGCUCCGUCAAGCUGCUUGCUUCUGGCGAUUUGCAGGAAGGCUACCGCGCCGUCAGCGCCAACAAGCUUGCCGAGGCAGAGACCAUCUUCCGUCGUCUCUUGCAUCAGCUUGUGCUGACGCCGGCGGCCACGGAGGCGGAAGCAACCGAGAUUCAGGACUUGAUCGUGCUCUCCCGAGAGUACAUUCUCGGUGUCUCGAUCGAGCUCAGCCGUCGUAAGCUUGCUGCCUCCGAGCCAGACAACGUUGCACGCAACCUCGAGCUCGCGGCGCUCUUCACACGCACUCAGCUGCAGCCGCAGCACCAGACGUUGGCGCUUCGCAGCGCCAUGACCGAAGCUCGCAAGGUGAACAACUAUGCGAUGGCGGCAAGCUUUGCCAAGCGGCUUAUGGAGCUCUCGCCUGCCCCGGCGGUGGCUCAAAAGGCACAGCAGAUCAUCUCGUUGGCCGAGCGCAGCCCGCGCGACGCUGUCGACGUACCAGGCUACGACCCUCUCGAGCAGAACUUUGUGAUUUGCGCUGGCAGCUUCCGCCUGAUCACUGCUGCAGGUGCCGGCUCGGUAACAGAUCCGCUGACAGGCGCACGCUACCUGCCCGAGUUCAAGGGCACGCUGUGCAAGAUCACCCAGAUCUCGGAAGUCGGCAAGCUUGCUUCGGGAUUGCGCAGCUUCGCCGCGUAG